AAUAAGAAAUAAGAAAUAAAAUAAGAAAAGAGAAACAAUGGAAAAUUUUGAAAUUAGGGAUUACUUUUUAUUGUUAAGUACCACACUAAUGGUUUAUGUGGCGCGAUAUUAUUACAAAUAUUUUACUCGUGUCAAUCCUUUACCUGGACCAUUCCCAUUCCCAUUCGUUGGUAAUUUGCCUCAACUUUAUUGGCAGUCGAAAGGAAAUACCAAAAUGUUUUACGAAUAUAAUCAUAAAAAAUAUGGGGAUAUAUACGAAGUUAAUUUUAGUAUACGAUCCAUAAUUUUAUGCCGAACGGAAUAUAUUGAAAAGCUUUUAUCGCCUUCAACAAAAAAUACAGUCGUGAUGAGAAUUCCAAACAGCAAAGGAUCAGAAGAAUUGGGAGUUGGUGGGAAAGGAUUAUUGUUAAAUAAUGAUUUUAAAUCAUGGAGACAUAAUCGUCAUUUUUUUUCACAAGCUAUUCUGUCACCGAAAUUUACUAAGGAAGCUAUUGAUUGGACAAACGACCUUUUUAUUGAAUUAGAAAGUUAUUGGAAUAAAUUAAUUUUUAAAGAAGAAAUUAUCAAAGAAAACAAAAAUAUAUUGAAUAUUGCUCAAUGGUUUAAUCAAUACACAAACGAUAUGAUUAUUAAAUUGUUAACUGGAGAAAGAUCUUAUUCAAUGGCAGCUUAUUACGAUACUCUCAGUGAUGAAAAAUCUGAUCAUCCAUCAGCAAUAGUCGAUGAUUCUGUAAAAUUAGUUCAUGCACUUCGUAAACAUCUUUUAGGAUUUUCAAUGUUUUACUUUGUUUCUCCUUUCUUACGACAUUAUGUUCCAUUUUUUAAGAAUAAAGCAGAUGAUAUAAUCCAAAAUAAGAAAUUUAUUAAUCAAAAAUUAGAUGCAAUUAUUAAGAGACGUAGACAAGUAAUUGAAAAUACACCAUUGGAUGAACCCUUAUCAAAUGAUAUGUUGACAUCGGUGAUUAUCGCGAACACACCUCGUGAUGUUAAAUAUAUCGAAACUGUUGAUGGUGAAGCUAUGAGACCUAUGGCUGAUGAUGAUAUUCGUGGUAUUAUACUUGAUGGGUUCCUUGGUGGAACUGACACGACUGCGAAUACAAUUUCAUUCAUUAUCUAUUACCUUGCGCAUAAUCCAGACGCGAAAAAGAAAAUGAUAGAAGAAAUUGAUAGAAUAUUCCAAGGUGAUAAAAUACGACCAAUCACCGAAAAUGAUUUUCAUAACUUAAAAUACUGUGAAGCAAUUGCGAAAGAAGUAUCUCGCGUCUAUCCAGCUGUAACUUCGUUUACAAGAUUUAUUGAUAAACCUAGUGAAAUAGCUGGGUAUCAAUGGCCAACUGGCACGUUGUUUCGGAUCAAUAUUGAUGCUAUUCAUGAUAAUAAAGAUUAUUGGGAAAAACCUGAUAAAUUUAAUCCUGAUAGAUGGAUGGCUGAAGGUUUUGAACCAAUAAAAAAUUCUUUUAUUAUGUUUGGUGGAGGAUUAAGAUUAUGCCCAGGAAGAAAAUUGGCAAUGAUCGAAUUAAUUUGUUUGGUGGCUUUAUUGUUUAGGAAAUAUGAAAUUGAUUUAGUAGAUAUGAAUGCUCCUUUAAGAACCGAAUCUUCUGCUAUAACUGUUUGCACUGAAUUGUUAGUUAAGAUUAAACCAAAAAAUUGAUAAUCUUAUAUUUAGAAUUUAUGGUUUUAUUUACAAUUUUUUUUUUUUACUUAUUACGUUAAUAAAAUGAAUUUACUAAGUAAAAUAAAUUAACAAUAUUUUAUCGUACAAGAGUACAAGACAAGUUAGUGAAGACAAGUACAAAGAAUAAGAAAAUUUAUUUUCACAUUUAUUUUAUUGUUUUAUAGAUCAUUAUAAAGAAAUGAAGUAAUCACAUUAUUACUCUAAAAAGAAACGUUAAUAAAAUAAU